AUGGAAGUCACUCUAAUUAUUUUCGGAAUAGCAACUGCUGUUCUAAUCGCUUUUUUCCUGCCAAAAUUCAUCAAACGGCGCCAGUUUGUCAACACGGUCAAUCGCAUUCCGGGCCCCAAAUCUUACCCAAUUAUCGGUACCAUGUGGGACUUUAUUGGAGCAAAUCGUGAGGAUAUUUUCGACCUCAAGAGAAAAUAUUCGAAACAGUUUGACGGCAUCUAUCGCCUCUGGACCGUAGGCUUCGCUGACAUCAAACUCGAACGCCCGGAAUACAUCGAGCAACUCCUCAAAUCUCCCGUGAAUAUUGCAAAGAGCCCGUAUUACGAAAUGGAAUUGAAAAAGUGGUUGGGAAAUGGACUUUUAACGUCGUUCGGUCAAAAGUGGUUUUCACACCGAAAACUCAUCUCUUCAUCGUUGCAUAUGAGCGUGUUGGAGGGAUUUAUCGAGGUUUUUGUCGAAAAAAGUCAGAUUAUGGUGGAAAAGUUGGCGGAAUUCGGAGAUACGGGAAAAGUAGUUGAUGUGUUUGACCACGUGCUAAAUUGUGCGUUAGAUAUCAUUUGCGAAACUUCAAUGGGAGUUCAUUUGAGCGAAGAUGAAAGAAUUAAAUACAUAACCGCUAUUCAAGAGAUUCUUGCUGUAAAUACGCAACGAUUUUUGAAUCCCUUUUUGCACAACGAAUGGAUUUUCGCACUCACGAGUUAUGGAGCCCGAAGUCGUAAAGCACUCAAAACCCUUCACGACUUCACGGACAAAGUCAUUGAGGAAAGAAUGGAGAUGCGAAAGCAAAUUUCCACAGAUGAGGCAGAUUUUGAACACGUUUUCGGAAAAAAACAUCGCAAAGCAUUUUUGGAUCUCUUUUUGGACGAAUUCAACAAAGGAGAAUUUUUCACAAAAACCGACGUCAAAAACGAAGUUGAUGCCUUUAUGUUUGCCGGACACGACACUACAGCAAUUACUACUGCAAACGCUCUUUAUUUUAUCGGUCUGUAUCCGGAAGUGCAAGAAAAACUUUACCAAGAGCAACUUGAAGUCUUUGGAAACUUUGAGGAACUUCCAACGAUGAAGACUUUGAACGAACUUCAGUACAUGGAUCGCGUCAUGAAGGAAUGCAUCCGUUUAAUUCCCACAGUAACGCAGGUUUCGCGUCGCGUUUCCGAAGAAUUUGAAGUUGCCGGUUAUACAAUUCCCGUGGGAGCGACUGUUUCUAUUGGAAUCUAUGCAUGCAGUCAUGACGAGAGAUAUUUUCCGGAUCCAGAAAAGUUUGAUCCCGAUAGAUUUUUGCCGGAAAACAAGGAAAAACUUCAUCCGUUCUCGUUUAUUCCUUUUAGUGCUGGCGUUCGUAACUGCAUUGGACAAAAAUACGCACAACUCAAAGAAAAAAUGCUUUUGUUGAUGAUGAUUCGCAACUUUAAAUUCACGUCAGUUGAUUCGCGUGAAAACAUGAAAUACGCUGGUGACAUUCUCUCUAAGCCCAUUUAUGGUGUCAAGCUACUUUUGGAGAAGCGUCAUUGA